AUGUAUAAGAGAUCGCCAAUGGUUUGCCAAGGGUCUCCAUGGUGGGAAGAAAAGCGCACCGCGCAGACCGAAGACAUCUCCUCCAUCCUCGCCGCACUCCGCGAGAACAACCCGGAAGACGCCGACGCUGCAGCCACAGCCCUCAAAGUCAAGAUCAAGCGGGACCCCCAGAACGACGACCUCGCGUCCAUCCUCGCGGCUCUCCGGGAGAACAAUCCCGAGGACGCGGAUGCCGCGAGUGCGUUUUCGAGCCGCAGCACGAAGCGGCAGGAUGAUCUGGAGGGGAUUCUGGCGGCGUUGAGGGAGAAUAAUCCUGAGGAUGCGGAUGCUGCUGCUGGGUUGGGGGCUUAG